AGAACGUUAACACAAAUUUUGCUUAAUCAAUAAGACGUGAAAAUCUACCUGUUCAUUAUUUAUUUUCCAAUUACUAAAGUAUGUUUUCACAAAAUAUGCUUAUUCGUGAUGGAGAAUACACUAAAUCCAUCUACACUAUGAUCAAGGAAGAGCGGUUUCUGGAAGCAACUAACGUUCUAAAUACUAUCCCGGAGGUGUCGACAACACGAGCUGGAUUAUCUCUGCUGGGACAUUGCUAUUACCAAAUGCAAGAUUUCAUUGAAGCAUCAAACUGCUACGAGCAACUUGUGAACUUGGUUCCGGACGUUCCGGAGUACAAACUUUAUUUUGCCCAGUCUCUCUUUCAAGCAGGACUUUUCGAAGAAUCUCAGAAAAUAGCUAGUACUUUGGAGGCCCCUCAUUUGAAAGAUAAAGUGCUUCAGCUACAGUCAGCUAUAGCUUAUGGUAACGAGGAUUAUUCCAGUUCGCAGUCCUUGCUACUUCAGCGACAGACCACCGGGCAGGAGGCUGCUGUUAAAAACGACGAGGGGUGUCUGCUUUAUCAGGCUAACAUGUACGAAGAUGCCUUGCAGAGGUACGGGUCGGCUUUGCAAGCCGGCGGAUUUAAUCCGCAUAUCGCCUACAAUGCAGCUUUAUGUCACUACCGUAAAAAAGAGAAUUCUCAAGCCUUGAACUACAUCGCUGAGAUUGUUGAACGUGGAAUAAGAAAUCAUCCGGAGUUGGGUGUGGGUGCUCAGACGGAAACUGAAGGCGGAGCACGAAGCAUUGGUAAUCCACCGGCUCUAGCUGCAUCCGGUUUGGCACAGGCUUUCAACUUGAAAGCUGCCAUUGAGUACCAAGAAGGAAAUGUCGAAGGAGCUCGUGAAGCGCUAACCGAUCUGCCUCCACGUUCAGAGCCGGAAUUAGAUCCUGUCACUUUACAUAAUAUGGCUUUGACUGAUCCUGUAGGGGGAGGUGCCGGUCUCAGACGAUUAGCAUUCUUGUUGGAACUAGGACCUCCAACAUGCCCACCGGAAACAUUUGCAAACCUACUUUUACUUUGCUGUAAACAUGAGAUGUACGAUACAGCAGCGGACAUUCUCGCAGAACAUACACAUUUAACGUACAAAUAUCUUUCCCCAUACUUGUACGACCUCCUGGAUGCUCUCAUUACUGCUCAGUCGACACCGGAGGAAGCGGAGCAGAAACUUGGGGUUCUAGCGAAUAGUAUUGGAGGUAGAUUGCGAUCGCUGGCUGCCAAGGUUCAAGAAUGCCGAUCAGCUCCCGAUCAGAACGCAUUACGUAUGGCCCUUCGCGAGUACGAAUCUGCAUUGGAAAGCUAUUUACCGGUAGCGAUGGCUCGAGCCUGGAUACCGUGGCGUCUGGAUGACUUUCAAGGGGCAGAGCGUGAGUUCCGUUCCAGUGCAGAGUUUUGUUCAGAAACCCCUACUUGGCGUUUACAUGCUGCUCACGUACUUUUUAUGAGAGGCGAUCGUUACAAGGAAGCCGCUGCGUUUUACGAACCAAUCGUUAGACAGAACUAUGAUGACAUACUCGCUGUUUCCGCCUCGGUUUUGGCUAAUCUUUGCGUAGCUUAUAUCAUGACAUCGCAGAAUGAGGAAGCAGAGGAGUUAAUGCGCAAGGUCGAAAGAGCAGAAGAGCGUAAAGGUUCCACCAACGGACAGUGUUUACAUCUGUGUAUAGUGAACUUGGUCAUUGGCACACUGUACUGUGCCAAGGGUAACUACGAAUUUGGUUUGUCAAGAAUUGCACAUGCCCUAGAUGGUGGUUCUGGUGCCAGACUCUGUGCCGAUACGUGGCUUCAUGUCAAGCGGUGCGUUUUGGGACUGCUUACCGGACUGUCCAAGCAGACCAUUGUCCUACCGUCGAUAGCGAUCCAAGAAACGAUUAGCUUUCUGAAAACAUGCGAGUCGUACGGCUCAUCCAUUCCUUCAGUGCUUUCGGGAUUGCUGGAAGAAACUGGUGAACAACCUCCGACAAUUGGACUGGAAGCACGCAAACUACGUGCACUUUUACUUAGAUUGAUGGAAUACAAAUGAGUUUUUUUUUACGGUACGCCAGCAUAUACGAAUCAACGAUUUAAGCACGCAGUUUUCUAUAUCAAUUAUUUCUAACAUUAUAACAACUUAUUCUUCACUGUGAAAUUCUAGAUUUCACUAUAAAACAAUAGAA